AUGUGCCACACCAGCUCCUCCUCAGGCUGCCAGCCAGCUUGCUGCGUGUCCAGUCCCUGCCAGUCAUCCUGCUGUGUGCCCAUUCCCUGCCAGUCAUCCUGCUGUGUACCCGCCGUGUGCAUUCCUGUGAGAUUACAGGUGGCCUGCUGCUCUCCUGUGAGCUGUAGACCUACUGUGUGUGUGGCUCCUUCCUGCCAAUCCUCCGUGUGUGUUCCUGGGAGCUGCAUGCCUGCUGUGUGCGUGGUCCCCUCCUGCCAGUCCUCUGGGUGCUGCCUGACGUCCUGCCCCACCCUGGUCUGCAGACCUGCCUCCUGUAGUACCUCCACCUGCUGCUGA